AAAACUGCUAUAACUGUCAACAGAGGUCAGAUACGUCAGAGAUAUAAAUUCUCAUGCAGAGUUGCAUGUCUCUGACACUCAUCACUGCACCUUACAAAAGAUAAACAGCUUGUCAUGGAGCCCACACAGAUAAGAGAGGGCUACUUAGUAAAAAAGGGUACUGUGCUGAACUCGUGGAAGGUGUUGUGGGUGGUGUUAGCAGAUGAUGCCAUAGAGUUUUAUAAGAAGAAGACUGAUAACAGUCCAAAGGGAAUGAUCCCUCUGAAAGGAGCAACUCUUACCAGCCCGUGUCAGGAUUUCCCUAAAAAAACGUUGCUGUUUAAGGUCAGCACAGCUAAGAACCAGGACCAUUUCUUCCAAGCAACUUAUCUGGAGGAAAGAGAGCUUUGGAUCAAAGAUAUUAAGAGAGCAAUCUCUUGUUUAGAGGGGGGCAAAAAGUUUGCCAGGAAGUCAACACGUCGCUCAAUUCGAUUACCAGAAAGUGUUAAUCUCAGUGAGCUGUAUGUCUUAAUGAAAGAUCAAGACACAGGAGUUAAAGAGCUGAAGGUAGAAAAGGAUAAAAGACAGUUUAAUCACUGCUUCACAGGAAACACGGUGAUCGACUGGUUGAUUUCUGAAGGAAAGGCUAGAAACAGACCUGAAGGUUUGAUGUUGGCCACCGGGCUUCUCAAUGAAGGUUUUCUGCAGCCCGCCGGAGAUCUGUCCAAAGAUGCAGCAGAGAAAGGAACAGAAAGUGCUUUCUUGGACCAAACAGAUGCGCUUUACUAUUUUGCAGAUAGCGGGUUCUUCUGUGAGGGUUACUCCAGUGAUGAAGAUGUGAUUAUGAAAGAGGAGUUCAGAGGAGCAAUAGUCAAACAAGGCUGUUUGCUGAAGCAGGGCCAUCGCCGAAAGAAUUGGAAAGUCAGGAAAUUUAUCCUUAGGGAUGAUCCGGCUUACAUCCACUACUAUGAUCCCACCAAGGGUGAAGAAGAUCCAUUAGGUUCCAUUCACUUACGUGGAUCAGUGGUGACUGCUGUGGAAUUCGUGCCUGAAGCAAAGAAAUAUGAUGUUGAUGGGAAUCUAUUUGAAAUCAUCACUUCAGAUGAGGUACACUACUACCUGCAGGCGGCUACAGCCAACGAACGCAAGGAUUGGAUCAAAGCUAUCCAAAGUGUUUCAAAGUCUGGAAAAUAACUGCACAGCACUCAAGACAUAGUUUAUCCAAAUAACAAACUAGAUAAUGCUAUUCUAUGUCGGUUGUCUUCGAAAUUUUGACAAAACUAGAGGCCUUCUGACAAAUCAUGUGACACAUUUUCUCACAUUAAAAGAUAAAAAUAAGGUUCAGACAGGAUGUGGGUCAGUGUGUUUCACAUUGUUUCCAGUGACAGAUAGUGAAAUGGCAGUGAUCUGUCCAGUCAAAACUGUCAAAACAGUGGAAAUCUUCAAGUCCAGCAAUUUCCUGUUUUUAUUUAAAGUAGGAACACUUCCUGUUUUACAUUUCGAGUUUGACUUUUUUUAGAAAUGUUACAACAGUCAGUCAAGAUGAUGUGGUGCCAUAAUAAACUGUGCUCACUGGUACAUACUGUAUGAAAUACUUACCAAAUACCAAAACUUACUGUACUGAUUUACUCACCAUACAUGUCUACACAUAUUUGCUCUAUAGUUGCCUUAUACAUUUAAACUUAAAAGACCAUAAUAAUGAAUCUGAAGUCUUAUAUCAUUCUCUCAGAAAAAAAGGUACACUGAGGCUGUACUUGUUCAAAAAGUACACUUUUGUACCAAAAAGGUGCAUACUGGUAGCUCAAAGCUACACAUCUGUACCAAAAUAAUACAUAUUGGGACCUUUUUAUGUACUGUCCCAAUGACAACUUUUGUACCUUUUAUUUUGAGAGCGUAUGUUGAUAGAUAUUAAUAAUGUAUUGUUGUUACAGUGAGAAUGUAAAUGUCUAUUUAUCUUGCUUGUAAUACAAAUGGUGCCAUGGUAGCAUGUUGUAAUACCUUACAAGACAACUACACAAAAUAAACUAUAAUAAACUACAACUCUGACAUCAGUUGUGUAAUGAAAUUGAAAGGUAAUCUCUUAAGGAACUGAAAAGCACUAUGAGAAAACUAUAAGACUGCUUUCAAUAUACUCACAUUCUCAGUUUGUCUUUCUCUACACUCUAAAAAAAAUGAUGCUAAAUAGCAAUAAAAGCUUGUAAUCAUAUAGGGGAACCAUUUUUAGUAUACAUCACCUAUAAAAGAACCACACCUAUGGUUCUACAGAGCACAAUAUGGUUCUACAGGUCUGACAUGGCACUUAAAAUG